AUGAUUAGGUACUUUGAGAGUAUCUUAGGCUUGGCAUUCCGUUCUCGUCUCAUACAACACGCCUACAAACAAUACUUUGCGGACAAAACCUACUACGCGGUAUCGAAUUUGGAUAGCCGUCUACAGAAUGCCGAUCAAUGUCUGACUGAGGACAUUACAAUGUUUAGUCAAAGUGUCGCUCAUCUCUAUUCGCAUCUCACUAAACCUAUUCUCGACAUUGCACUCAUAACGUUUACAUUGGUCUCAUAUGCGGCUAGCCGAGGUUCUGCCGAAAACGUCAUUGUACCGUCAAUUUUAGCCACCCUUGUUGUCGGUGUUACGGCGAGCUUAUUGAAGUCAAUCUCUCCAAAAUUCGGCCAUAUGGUGGCUGAAGAGGCGAAAAGGAAAGGAUUCCUGAGAUAUUUGCAUUCACGUGUGAUCACUAAUUCUGAAGAGAUCGCAUUCUACGGAGGUCAUGAAGCCGAGUUCAAACAGCUAAACAAGGCCUACGGCGAGUUGACAGAUCAAACAAAGCUGAUAUUUCGCAAGCGAAUUCUCUACAUCAUGGUUGAGCAAUUCUUAAUGAAGUACGUUUGGUCAGGCACUGGUAUGGUGAUGAUCGCUCUACCAAUUCUAGCUAGUGAAUACACUACUCCUGCUAAGACUCGGCGACUUGAAGACGAACCUGAUGGUGGUGUAUCUGAACGAACGCGUGGCUUUGCUACCGCAAAGAAUUUACUCUACUCUUCGGCGGAUGCUGUUGAGCGAUUGAUGACGUCGUACAAAGAGAUAACUGAACUGGCUGGCUAUACGUCUCGGGUGCACGAAAUGUUUGAAGUGUUCGAAGAUGUCAAGAAGAACGUUUACCGACGAACGUUAGUCAGCGGCGACGAGAAGGGAACUGGCCGCGGUGAAAGCAUGGACACGUCGCGUAUCGAAGGUGUGUAUCUCGUGAAGCGUGCUUCAUAUUCCCCGUUAACCGUUAUUUACCCGGAUACAACUGUACAAAUGCAUCGGAAAGGUGUCACCGACGUCGAUCUCGCGCAUAUCCUUCAGAUUGUUCACCUGUCACAUAUAGUACAAAGGGAGGGAGGUAUGACUCAUUAUGUUCCUUCUUGUACUUCUUAA